UUCGGACCAGUUCGGACCGGGGGCGGGGGAGGGAUUUCAUUUUCUAAACGCGUAGAAUAAGUGCAUCACUGGCUUUAUGCCUUUUUUCACUCAUAAAGCAAGGAUUAAUGUCUAAAUUCCUGUGAGAGCAAUGCUAAAAAGUUAGAGUGGCGCCGCUGCGAAGAAUCCAGUCAGUCACGGCCUUCAUCAGGGCUGAGAAAAGCUGCGUGUAGGCACCACAUACCGGCAAAAGCAUGCAAAAAGCAUGUUUUGGCAGUAUUGGGGAAAACAGUAGAGAUCAGCCUGUUCCGCUGCUGUAAACCCUCAGGGAGGCAGUUUGUGCAGAGAGCGAUAGCAGAAAUCUGCAAAACCUCUGGCUAUAAACAUGGUGUGAGUGACUAAUUGUGACGGUGGUUGGAGUAAAUAUGUACAUUACACGCAUAAUAUAUGUGGCGGCUGUGGAUUCAGCAGACUGCUUUACCAAAAAAGCUAAGAGUUUUUUUUCCUCCCAGCCUAAUGGUUGUGAAAUAUAUCUCUUUACCUUUGGAAAUGUCGCAAAAUAAAUUUUAGAUAGGCACCUUAACUCCAUUAGUAGAUGCUCUUUAUAAAAUGGCUCUGCAUAACCUGAGGAGACAUGCACUUUCCUUUUGUAAUAAAAAGAAUAAAAUACUUAAAGUGAACAUCUGUGGAACACAGAAUCAUUCUGCUUAUGAAAAAAGGCCUCAAUAAUUCAUUUGUGGCUUCGCUUCACUAUUACAAGGUCUUGCCUUUACUUAUAGCCUCCAAAUUUCACAAAUUCAUCUGGCUCUGAAAAUUACUCCUUAUUUACUCCAUAUGAGGUCUUAUGUUUUUCACAACUCCUAUCUACUGACGGGACUUACGAAGUGAGAUGGGAGAAACAUGAUGGAAACGUUGCUGUUUUUGAGGGGCCAACUGAGGAGUCUCUUCACCGAGAGCUGGAAGGAGCUGAGUAAUCGAGUCUGUGGUAGCAACAAGAUGGUGUCACUGAGACAAGGCUGUAAACGUUUGGACCUCGAAUCCGUAACAAACUGAGCAGAAAGCUAAAGGCAGGAGUCCAGUUGCUCCAGGUUGUCCAAGCUCUGUCCCCUUUCACUACCAGACUGAACCGUGGAAGGAAAUUCAGGUGAUUCACUUUGCUGCAGUUGAAAGGAAAUCUGACUCUUCCCCCAGCGAGCAGCCCAGGACCUUCGCAAGCCCUAAAGCUGUUCCUACUGAGUCCUGCUAAGCUAAGAGAUCACAUUUCAUCAGAGUGAAGGAUGAAACCGCAGAAGUGGGGAGGAAACGCUUCUCCUGGUGCAGCCUGGCUCCGUUCGGCAGGGUAUUACAGGCAAGUCGUCUCGGCACCAUCAGGCACUAACCACUGUUAAAGUGCAGAAGCACCCGUUGUCACGGGUCAGCGGGAAUUACAUGGACCAUCGCUUGGACUGGACUGACGAAUCCCAUACGGCUAAAAAUCCUGAAGGCGAAAGCUAAGGCAGAGAACGACUGAAUGUCACUCCUCCCAAGGUCACUGAUCAGCUGACCAACUUUUUAACAACUGGAAAACGCACGUUUGCUGCUCUCAACACUUAACUAUUGGCUCUCAGCACCGAGAAAGAUACCUCCGAGGGAGGAAAGCUCUUCUGCUCGCUCAUGUUUUUGUAGCUGGGAGAAUGAGAAGGUGAACUGGCUCAUCUGUCCUAGCCUGUCGGAGGAUGUUUGACUGACAGCCUGAUUAGACCACAUCAUGGAGAAGACAGAUGCAAAUGACCAGCCCCCUAAAUCCAAUGGGGACAAAGACCAGCCCCGAAGCCUGCCCUACUCUGUUGAAACACCCUACGGCUUUCACUUAGACCUGGACUUUCUGAAGUACGUGGAUGACAUUGAGAAAGGAAAUACCAUCAGAAGGGUUCACAUCCACCGGAAAGCCAAGCAGCCAAAAUUCAGCACGCUGCCCCGAAAUUUCAGCCUGCCGGAGAGCGGGUCCCGCGCGUAUGCCUCUGCUCCCAGCAAAAGCUGGACCGCAACCUACUCAUUUGCACAACGGAAGGCAUCGUUAGGGGCAGAAGAAACUCCCCGUCCCCUGGUACCCAGUGAGCUGCCUCCAUCUGCAGCUGCUGUAGAGGAGCCAAGUUACCGAAGAAAAGCCCUUUUAGGCGAGACAAUGAGGCAAGCCGAGCUCGCGCAGCCGGAAGAGGAGCAGGCCAGCCAUCGGGGGAGGCCCCAGCUGCUCCGGGCCUCCAGCAUGCCAGCCACGCUCCCGCCCGGCCAAAGCGCGGAGGAGGAAAGUCAGGUGCCUUCUCUGCUCUUGGCACCUCCUCAGCCCUCUGAUGACAAGGGCUGCUCAGAAAGUCCCUUUAGCCCUGCGAAGGAGGCACCGCUUUCACCCUGCUCUGACAGCUUCGCGUCAAAUCCCCCCCAAGAGACACGAUCGGAGCAACAAGCAGCAGCACAGAAGAAAGAGCAGUCCGGGCGGCAGCAGGUUAAAGUCACUGCUGCGCUGGAGCGCCAGCCAGGAGACCUCCUGAAGAUGCCAUCUCCAUGGCAAAACCAGCACCCCACAGCGCAGCAGCUGCAGGUGGUUGUGGAGAGCCGGGGAGAGGAAUGUGAUGCAUCAGGAAUACACAGCUGGUCUGAAUUAGCCAAGGAUGGAUCCGUCUCGGCCAGUGCCCUCCAGCUUGCUGAUGAAAACAAGAACCAUGAGAAAAGGGAGUUAAGCAUAAGUGAAAUCACGCCAGAUGUGCUGAGGAAAACUGAAGACAGAAGUAUUUGGGCUAGAGAAAACAAGGAAAAUUGGAGCCCUCAGUCUUUGCUUUGUGAUACAGUCGAGGCCAACAGGAUCGCAGCACUGAAACGGCAGAUUGCUAUUCUGGAGGAGCAGCUAAGCAGCAAAAAAGAAGAACUUGAACAGAUCAGGGUAGUGCUGAAGCAGCAAGAUAAUGAGAUCAAGGAAAAGGAGAAAAGCAUUAAGUUACUAGCAAGCUCCAAAGCUCAGCUGGAAGAGAAACUGCGCUGGGAAAAUACCAGAGAAACCAGACCGCUGGCCAAGCAGGCCGGCGGUGCUUUGCAAUACUAUGACGCUGCGGUGAACACCGAACACACGCAGACAAACAGGUCCAAGCAAGGCCACGACAAAGGCAUCAAUGUAAAUAUCCCAAUCUCUACACAAUCCAUAGGCUGCAGUGUUCACAGAGCAGACAACAUGAACUCGCAGGCUAAGGAGUUAAGCAGUAAGUUGGCUCAGAGAGAUCAGGGACUGGCAGACGUUCACGCUGGUGUCGGCGGAGAGGGACCUGAACAUUUUGCCAAACAUGCAGAGACUGAAGCAGAUAUUGAGCCUGCCCUUUGUACACCAUGCCUCACUGAGCUGAAGAUUGAUGAACAUCUCAGUGAUGACAAUCAAAAUAAAAGAAAUAACUCUGACAGCCAGAGUCUUGCUGCUCAUGGAACAACUGCAGAAAGCUACCGAGGAACAAAAACUGACUCAAACAUAGGUGAAAGCAAGCCAGUCUGUGGCGAGGAUAUAAAGGAAGAUGUGAUGGAAGAGGAAGGUCACCCUAACCGAGAAGAUUUCUCUGCUGUAGACCCCAUAGGCCAAUAUGUUAAAAAAAUCCAGGAGCUCUUGCAAGAGCAGUGGAUGUGUUUGGAGCAUGGCUAUCCGGAGUUAGCAAGUGCUAUUAAACAGCCUGCCUCAAAGCUUAGCUCCAUUCAGAACCAAUUAGUUAAUUCCUUAAACUCGUUGUUAUCUGCCUACUCUACACAAGGGCCAGCAGAUAAGGAGAAUUCGAACACACAGUAUCAACAGUUGGAAAUCUCUCCAACCACAAGUCUUAAAUCUAUCAUGAAAAAGAAAGGUUAUGGUUUCCAUGCAGGAGGCAAUGGGACUAAAAAGAAUCUUCAGUUUGUUGGGGUAAAUGGUGGUUAUGAAACGACCUCAAGUGAAGACACAAGUUGUGAAGACAGCCCAUCGGAAGUGGAUUCAGACAGUGAGACAGAGAGAAAAUCAGACGGUUCAGAGCACAGACAGCCAAAAGCUGCGAGUGAGAGUGAUCCCGCUGCCUUGGGGCCCUCCCCGCGCGAGGGAUGUGAGGAUGACGGGCUGCAGGAGCCAGCAGCAACAGUGACAGCCAGCAUGCAACACGGGACUGACAGAUGCAAACCCUCUGAAGAUUUCCUUACCCACUGCCAACUCCUCAGCAAACACCUCUCAGAAACAAGGACCCCAAGCAACAAGCAUCUGGGCCGCGUCCCGGGCGCCGUCUCCCAGGAGUGGUUCCGCGUGUCGAGCCGAAAAUCCUCCAGCCCCGAGGCUGUUGCAGCCUAUCUCGAAGCCUUGGGGACGGCCCAUCCGCAGUGCCUGGAGGCGGUCGUCAACCUGGCCGAUGGGAAUGGGAACACCGCGCUCCACUACAGCAUCUCCCACUCCAACUUCCCCGUCGCAAAGCUGCUGCUAGACACAGGGGUGUGCGACGUGGACCGCCCCAACAAGGCCGGGUACACUGCCGUGAUGAUCACGCCGCUGGCCUCUGCCGAGACCCCCGAGGACAUGGAGGUGGUGAUGAAGCUGCUGAAGGCAGGAAACGUGAACAUAAGAGCGAGCCAGGGCGGCCAGACGGCCCUGAUGCUCGGCGUCAGCCACGACCGGGAGGACAUGGUGAAAGCCCUGCUGUCCUGCCGGGCCGACAUCAACCUGCCGGAUGAGCAGGGGACCACGGCGCUGAUGGUGGCCUGCCGGCAAGGCAACGCUGACAUCGUGAGGCUCCUCCUGGCCCAGCCCGGCUGCGACAUCGCCCGGACAGAUAAGGAUGGUAACUCGGCGCUGUCGCUGGCACAGGAAUCGGCCCACGCGGAAAUCACAGCGCUCCUGCGAGCCCACGCGGAGCAGAGCCAGGCUGCCCCUGAGUGAGGGAGCUGGAACGAAGGACGCGCCAGCGGAGGGAAGGGGUGACAAAAAGCUCAUUCUUCCGACAGCCACGCUCCCAGGUGAAACACAGCGACUGGGGCCAGUAUCACCGAGUCGAGACUCACAGGGGGCACAAGCUUUGUCGGUUAUUUGCAUACAUCACUAAUGUAUAAUUUGCUGCAUUUAGCCCACUUAUAUAGCCUUAAUCUUUGCAUAGUGCCAUAAAUACUCAAAUACUGUUCUGGAGAGUCAGAUUACUGGAUUGCCUUUUAUUACCAGUCAGUCCUGAAGUUAACUCUGAGCUCUGCUACACAACCCUCCCAGCACAGUUUUGGCAGGUGAGUGAACAAAACAAAAACAAAAUGCACAUUAGAAAAGCAAUACUUUUUUUUUUGUAACCUUAGACUAUGGCAUCCUUUUUAAUCAACUACUUAACUGUAUCUCAUUUAACUUCUAAGUUUGUAUCCUCAUAUUUAUUAUUAGACUUUCCGUAUGCAGUAGCAGACAGCGAUUAUUCAGGAUAUGUAACAACAAAUACAAGCUGGAUGGAUUAUGUAAAAUAUAAAAUCCUAUUUAUGUUUGCUUAUGUGGGGGCUGAUGCAAGAAUUAAAAAUUAAUGCUCUAGGAAAAUAUUUGACUGAACCAGAUUCAAACAAACAGACCUUGUUUUGCCUGUACUCCGAAUUACCAUAUGGCUCUUAUCUUUCCUAAUUAAGCUUGAGUUAACCAGGAAGCGUAGUCCGCGGCCAUGCCCUGUGCAUCAGUACAUGCAAUGCUCAGGCACAGCGGGAUGCAUUGAGUUAUCCCAACCGCAGCAUGGGAAACAAGGAUCACAACCGUUGUCCUCUCCGGGAUGUGUCAGCAUUGUCCAGGAGCUUCACGGAAAGGCUUUCCUCCAGGCUCACUGCCCCGUGGGUGUCAGUCCAGCACCGUCGGCAAACUGCGUGAGGCAGAUGUUUUCUUUUCUUAAAUUCCCCUGCCUGCAACAGCAAGGAGGGAGGGAGGGAGGGCUCAGUGCCUGCUUGCCCAGACAUUGUCACACUCAUUGCUCUUUAGAUGCCAAGAAAUGCCAAUUACUAGUGUUUUAUUGUGUUAGGACCUCUUGGAUGCUUUCCACAGGUUUCCAUAGGCAUGGAUUAGCUCCUUGUGCUGUCAAGAUGGCUUGUGGUAUGACAAUAAAAAUGGAUUUAGUUGACAUUUCUAAAAGCAGAUCUUACUCGUUAGUUAAUUGUUUUUCUUUUUUGUUACAAAGCAGGAAAUUAAUCCCAGACACUCUUUUUGGUUGUUUGCAAGUCAACUUAUAUCAUAUGAUUAAGUCUCUUUUGCACUGCCUUUGCUCUUCCCUCGUAUUUGCAAUACAGGGCAAAGCUGUUUCCAAGCAGGGAGCCUCGUCGCACUGUCCUAGCACAGGACCCAGGAGAUCCUGCUCUGCAUUUUUGCCUCAGCUGUUUUCAACCAAAAUCUAGCAUCUGGUUCAGUUUUCAUCAUUUUCUUCAUGUUUGUAUCAGAAGUGAUAACUGUGUGAAGUGCCCGUCUUGGUUUUUUUCAUUCGCUCCGCAAGUGGAGUUAUGUUCUUUAUGCAUAAAUAAAUCCAAAUUAAACUUU